AUGCUCUUCGUAGUCGUCUAUAUAACGAUAAAAAAUACAGUAAUUUUGUCCUUCCAGUCUACACCACCAUCGCCUUCAUCACAUCUGUUUCCAUUCGCGCGCGCGAACGCGCUCGCACGUUCGGCUGCAAUGACGGCAGAAUUCUCUCAUUCCACACAUACACAUCCGUCGCUUUUUCUUUUUUCUUGUUGUAAAGAUGAAACACAUCAAAAAUAG